AUGUCUAUCUCGGAGCGCGUCUACAUCGCAUGGGUACGAGUCCCUCUGCCUGAUUUAUACGCGCAUACACCCUCUCAUCUACCUUCCAGCCUCCAGAUCCCGCCUCAGAGCCGACCUCCACCCUCGUCCUCACCGCGCACAACAAGCAGUUCGUUGACCUCCGAUUCCUCACCCCUCUCUCCCCACUGUUCCUCUCCCUCCCUCGACUGGGGAACCGGGGGUCGUUCCAUCGGCACCGCCGACCACGGCAUCUGGACGCACGACAUCGACUCUCGCACCGCCCACCCGCAUGACGACGCCCCCGACGAGGGCGACAAUGCGCCGCACCCGACCCUCCCCGGCGUGAUUCUUGAGAAAGGCCGGAUGCUCCACCCGGCGAGCGGCGAGGUGCGCGCGUACGAGGAGGCGUGGCGCAGCUCGACCGUGGUGCUGGGACAGGGCUGGACGGCGCGGAUCGGGAGAGGGGGAGCGAAGGGCAUGGUCGUCCGGGUCGGUCAGUCCUGCCAAGGUAUCGUGCGCAUCGGGGAUGUCGUGUGCGCGGAACGGUGGGCGUGGUCGGAGGAGCACGCAUGGACACGGACCGUGCGCGUGGGGAGCUUCGCCUUCCCGUGCGACUCGACCUGGUCCGACGGGCUGCGUGAGGGAGACGUAAUCGUUCGCAAUGGGGUGUCCUGGCGGUGCAGGCCUUGA